UAUCUUAAUAGAUUUUCAUUUACUUGUCAAAUUUGACAUAAGAUUAUAGUGAUAACGCAAUUAAGUUAUAAUGAAUAGCAAAUUGAGUUGGAUUAUUAUUUUGAUUUCUCUGGUAUCAGUGCAUUCUUUUGAACCUGUAACAACAGCUGGUGUUGUUGCUUUGGGAAGUUUUGCUAUAUAUGGAAGCACUAAAAUCUACUGUCAAUUUAAAGAAUGCUGCGAUGAUAACUGGAUCAAUCACGACGUUUCAGGUAUUCAAAACAGUUUAAAUGAAAAGCUUUUUGGGCAGCAUUUAGUAAUAAAAAUGGUAGGUAAAGCUGUUGAAUCACAUACUAAAGAAAAAAGUCCAAAAAAACCGUUGGUUAUGUCUUUUCAUGGAUGGACAGGUAGUGGUAAAAGUUUUGUUGCAGAUAUUGUUGCAAAACAUUUGUAUAAAAAUGGUCUAAAGAGUAAAUUUAUUCACAAAAAAAUUGCAACAUUCCAUUAUCCACAUGGAGGUGAUUUGCAGAAAUACAAAACAGAGUUAAAAAAUUUUAUUGAGUAUAAUGCGAAAAAAUGUGAGCGCUCGCUGUUUAUAUUUGAUGAAGUGGACAAAUUGCCAGAGGGCCUUGCAGAUGUUUUAAAACCUUAUUUAGACUACCACCAUGCAUUAGAAGGCACAGAUUACCGUAAAAAUAUUUUCAUAUUUUUAAGCAAUACUGCAGGUAACAAAAUUAACAAUUUUGCUAUUAAUCACUUUGCCAAAGGUAAAUCUAGAGAAAUGAUAACUAGUGCUGAAAUGGAUAGACUUUUAUCUCUUGGUGCGUUUAAUAUGCCAGGUGGCUUUAAAAAUGCUGAUAUUGUUUUAACUGGAUUAAUAGACUUUUAUGUGCCAUUUUUACCACUGGAGCGUAAACAUGUCAAACAAUGCGCAGAAGCAGAACUUCAAAAGCGUAAUCAUAAACUUAAUGAUGGUAUUUUAGAAGAAAUUGCAAAUGAAAUGCAUUAUUUUCCAGAAGAAGAAAAAUGGUUUUCAGCUACAGGAUGCAAGACAGUUUCAAAGAAAGUUGAGGUGUUUGUUAAUUAGUCCUUUCAAAAUAAUAGUGUGAUUUGUCACUUGCUGAAAAUAUACUAUUUUUGCUUAGUUAAUUUUAGGAAAUAAGUAACACAAGAGUUUGUAAUUGUUUCUCAAACAAAAAUUUUAGUUUAACCUUGCAAAAAAUCCAAAUUAAUUUGUUUUUAGUUUUUUUGUUUAAUGUUCUUAAUGCUGUAAAUUAAAUUUUAUAUCAGAUUUGUUGUUAAAAAUAGUUUCAAUUGAUUUAUCUUUUUUAGAGUAUCUUGAUUAAUAUUUGUUUUUAAUAUAUUUUUAAAUGUGAUAUUUUUAACUUAGAACUUUCUUUAAAUUAUUUGUAUUUAUAUACGUAAAAACAUUUGGGGUGUAAAAUGAGAUAAAGGCCAUCAUUUAGUAA